UGAUACGCAUUGAAAAAGCCGGUAACAGUUCGACUUCUAACGGCCGAAAAGUUAUCCGUAAUAAUUAAUGAAGUGUUCCUUCAGUAGUGUUGAAUCUCUCAGCUAUAGUGACUUCGUGUUGAAAUUAAUGAGCUUGAACCGGGCUAAAAGUAUAGUGGUCAAAUCUCUGAGUUUUUGCAAUGGCUAACAAACAAAACUUCUACACCAACCCUGCAUUCUGCCAGAAAAGCGAACUACCUCAACACCCUCCACGAGCUCUCAGUCCCAAAGGUGACAUUAGGCAGUCUCCACUAGGAGCACAAACUGUCUACCACCACAAAGAUUCCCAAAACCCCGACGUCGAGGCAGGUCUGCAGGAACAAGAAUUCUACGAAGAAGUAGUUGUAGACGAUAAAGGCUUCAUCACAGACAAAAAAUUCGUAGUGGUAGCCCAAAACAAUGAAGGGAAAAAGUAUAUCCAAGUUCCUCAGUCAGAAGCCUCUCAAGGAAGUAGAUAUGGGCUGCCUCAGCCUGUUAAAGCCAAAGAAACGAAGCUUGUCAGAAGCCAGAGUCAGAGGUACGAGUAUAUCCAAAUGCAGGAGCAAGAUGUAACUCCCAGGAAAAAACAGUAUCGAGAGGAAACUGCGGUGGCACCUCCUGGGAGGGUCCACAGGUAUGCUGUAAUAGAAACCGAAGAAGAAACCGAGCUGACCACGAAAAACGCUAGAUACGCAUUGGUGCCAGUAGAACAGCUCCCGGGAGUUGUUACCAAAAACAGGUACGAGUACAUCCCAGACCAACAGAGGCCUCUGUCACCACCUGGUGCUGUGCGACAUAGAAACGACUACAUCCAGGACCAACAGAGACCUUUAUCGCCCAAUGGCUCCGUUACACGUAGCCCCAACAGAUACGAGUACAUCCAGGAUCCACCACGACCUUGUCCACCACAAAGCCCUACUAGAUACGAGUAUAUACAGGACUUCCCGAGACCUGCUGUGGCACAAAGCCCUCAAAGAUACGAUUAUAUUCAGAGGCCCCUCUCACCUCAAAGUCAGGGUAGGUAUGAUUACAUCCAAGAGAGGCCUCCAGGACAGAGUCCCGCUAGAGGUAAUCCUGCUGCGACUCAGAAGUUACAUGAACUUCUAUCGACACCUAAGAAGACUCUAGCUGGCCAAAAACACCUGCUUUCUCCUCUACCGGGAAGGAGGAUCACCCCUCCUCAUGUGUCACCUAUUCUAAAAGAGUUCCAAGCUAAACCUCCUCAAAGUAUCAGGACACAACCCUCCAGAGCCCAGCAGAAGUUGAACUACGCUAUUGGAGCCCAGCAUCUGGGGCAGCAGGAUAAGAGACAUACUGCUAUAGUGGCUCCGAUAUGCUCGAACCUCAACCAAUCUGUGUAUAGUGAGACUACUUAUUCCAAGUCGGGAUCGUCUUCUAAUUUGAGUAUGAAGAGAGGUGCUGUGCAGAAUACUUUGUCUUUUGCUGCUGUGAUGAUGUUGCUGUCUGGAGGCGUCACUUCUGGGCUGUGUUUUUAUAUGAUUUCGGUGAUGGGGAGGCAGUACUUUUUGGAUUUUGGGGUCGUGGCCGGUUUCACGUGUUUGGUGUUGGGACUGUUGGGAUUCAGGAGCAGGUAUGUUUAUUGGUUGCCGAACAGGAACUAUAUUUCUGGAUAUCUGGUGCUGAGUUUCUUCAGCCUGCUGACCUGCACAGGUCUUCUGUUCCUUCUGGUGAAGCAACCACGUUCUGGAACACCUUUGGCCGAUAUGACUUCAGGUGCAGUUUGUGGAGUCUCAGUUCUCUGCUUGCUGAUGGCAACCACAGGAGUGGUUUCGAGCUACUGUUGCAAAUACCCACCUCCAGAUAACAGAGUACAGCACUGUGCUGAAGGUUUCAGCGUUUGAUACGGUCUUUGUUGAGGAACUAGUGAGAAUAUUUUUAGGUGAAAUUUUGAAAAAUGUUGUUUUUGUAUUGGAUGUGUGUGAAGUACCUACUAGGUUCUCCCUGAGAACAUUGGCAUCAUUAACUCAGUUGCUUAUUACUUAAGAAAAAAUAUUGUUCUAAUUUUUUUCUAAUAUUCAAGAUAGCUUCUUGUGAUGUUUAGUCCCUACCUAUUGUAUAGUUUCCUUUCUAUAGUUUAACUUUCCUUGACUCCUCUUCUGAUUUGUGACUUUUCUAGGCUUUUUUGUUUCCUUUCUCACGAUAUUGGUUGAGCAUUUUUCUUUCCUCAACAAUAAUUCAAACAUUAAACAACGUAUUUAUGAGUAUUGCAAAAAGCUUCAAAAAUAAUUUGAAGAUGAGAGAAGAACAUUUUCAUUAUCAUAAUGUGUAUAAUCUACAAUUUAUGAUCAUUCUUCGGAUAUUGUUCUUGAAUUUCGAGGUGGACACUAAAUUACACAAGAAUGAAAUUCUUCAAAAAAGUGCUAUAUACAGAGCUAUUCAAAUUCGUUUCUGUACAUGGAGAUCUCGUGAACGAUAAGAGAUAGAGUGUCUCGAAAUGGAUGGACUCCAAUUCGAGACAUUUUUGAACUCGGUUUUUCAUAUUAUUUAUUGCCCUUAAUACACGUAUUUGCUGCAUU